UUUUCAUCAUCUUUCUCCACUCUCUUUUUCUACUCAGUAAAACUUAACCCAAAUUGAGAAUAUGGUGCUCUUUGAAAUCAACGCUGUACCGUACAACCCUGACGGAUGGGGUCCACCAGAUACCACCAAUACGACGUCGUCAUCUUCAGCUCCAUUUGCUCCUUUUUCUCGAUCCGAUAAGCUUGGUCGGAUCGCAGAUUGGACCCGUAACCCGUACCGACCCGGACCCGGAUCCAAACAAAACCCUAAUGAUUCCGCUUUUGAUUUCUCAGGUGAUGAUUCGUUACUAGCUGCUGAUGAGGAUUCGUCGUUUCGACUUGUCGAUAAUGCGACGAAUAAAUCGCAUCAUUAUGGGCAAGGACAACCUAGGCCUAAGUUUAAUCCUAGGUGGAGGUUUAAUAAUAAUCGGUCUCAGUUACCGCAACGUCGUGAUGAAGAGGUUGAAGCCAAAAAGCGUGAUGCGGAGAAAGAACGAGCUCGUCGUGACCGGCUUUACAACCUUAACCGCUCUGGUACAAAUGCCGGGGCUCGCCGGGAAUCCUCCGUAUUCAAAUCCUCAGUUGAUAUCCAACCAGAAUGGAACAUGCUUGAUCAAAUCCCCUUUUCAACCUUCUCGAAACUUUCUUUCUCUGUUCCGGAGGCUGAAGACUUGCUUAUCUGCGGGGGAAUUGAAUUUUACGACCGUUCAUGCGAUCGUAUCUCUCCGAAGAACGAACGCCGUCUUGAGCGUUUCAAAAACCGGAAUUUCUUCAAAGUUACCACUACUGAUGACCCUGUUAUUCGUCGUUUAGCUAAUGAGGAUAAAGCUACAGUUUUUGCAACUGAUACUAUCUUAUCCACAUUAAUGUGUGCUUCGAGAUCAGUUUACUCUUGGGAUAUUGUAGUUCAACGUGUUGGAAAUAAGUUAUUCUUCGAUAAACGUGAUGGAUCACAGUUGGAUUUGCUCUCCGUGCACGAGACAUCGCAGGAACCCUUGCCUGAUGCCAAAGAGGAUAUAAAUUCAGCAUAUUCGUUGAGCGUUGAAGCCGCUUACAUAAACCAGAAUUUCUCCCAGCAAGUGCUGAAAAGGGAUGGGAAUAAGCUAACUUAUGAUGAGCCUAACCCUUUUGCAACUGAAGGGGAGGAAGUGGCAUCAGCGGCGUAUAGAUAUAGAAGGUGGAAGUUGGAUAACGAUACAUACUUAGUGGCACGAUGUGAAGUGCAAAGUGUGGUGGAACUGAACAAUCAAAAGUCCUUUUUGACAUUGAAUGCACUGAAUGAGUUUGAUCCGAAGUACUCCGGAGUCGAUUGGAGACAAAAGUUGGAAACUCAAAGGGGUGCGGUUUUAGCUACUGAGUUGAAGAACAAUGCCAAUAAACUAGCAAAAUGGACUACGCAAGCUUUGUUAGCUAACGCGGAUAUGAUGAAGUUGGGUUAUGUCUCAAGGGUUCAUCCUAGGGAUCACUUUAACCAUGUUAUAUUAGCCGUUGUAGGAUACAAGCCCAAAGACUUUGCAUCACAGAUUAAUUUGAAUACAUCAAAUAUGUGGGGCAUUGUGAAAAGUAUCGUGGACUUGUGUAUGAAGUUGAACGAAGGGAAGUACGUGCUCGUUAAGGACCCAACCAAGCCACAGGUGAGAAUUUAUGAGGUUCCUCCUGAUGCAUUUGAAAAUGAUUAUGUGGAGGAGCCUUUGCCAGAAGAUGAACAGGUUCAGCCUCCUGCGGAGAAUGUAGAAGGUGGAGAGGUAGAUGGAGCUGUGAAUGAAGUGGAGGAAAAACCUGCAAGCGCUGAAGCUGCAUAAGGGUUGCCUGAAAAAAGUGCUGCUUAAUCAUCUUGUGGAUCUUGAGCUUUUUUAUGUAACUGCAAUGUGUAGAGCCAGGGCGUCGCAGGGUGCAAACUUAUUGAGAGCUUUUCAACAUCGAAACAAACUAGUUCAGCAUAUUCUUACCACAAAUUGUUUUUAUUGGUUAUGAACAUUUUGUCAGAGACCAAUUUUGCAGUAGGAUCACUUUGUAAGUGAAAAUUUGAAGC